AGCAACAUCUGUAUCCAUAUUGGAAUAUCACAUUACCUUAGGAGAGAAAGAAUAUCAAUAAAAAUGAUGAGAGAAACACUUGUUGUCAUAUGUUUCUUCGUUAUUGUUCUCUUAGCUGCUCAAGAACAUGGAGUGCAAAUUGAGGCAUAUUGUGAGAAACAAAGUCAUUUUUUCCCUGGCGAUAAAUGCAAUGAUCUAAAUGUUGACGAACUAUGUUCAAUUAUUUGCGUUACCAAAGAAAACUCAGUUAGUGGUUCUUGUAAAUCUCUAAGAUGCAUUUGUGCCACUGCCUGUUGAAUGGCUUCACUAUUAGAAUUUAUAUUAUAGAAAUAAAUAAAUAUGUAGCUAUAAUUUUGUUCAUGUACUUUGUCCGAAAGAAAAAUUGUUCAUGUAUCAAGUAGCUAGUUCAAUGUCCUUUAAACA